AAGGGCACCCGAGCCAUCCGCCUCAUUUGCAGACAGAGAGCCUUCUAACCUGCUCCAGACCACUCGUCGGCUCGCUUCUUUUUUUUUUUUUUUCUUCCUCCACCACCACCCACCUCCACCUCCACCUCCACCUCCACCACCACCACCACGACCCUCCACGCUUCAAAACUUGGUGUAGAGAUAUCGAGGUUGGGAUUAUUUAAUGCUAAAAUAGGUCUCGAGGCUUCGGCGAGCGCGGACGGACGUAACCCGAGGGGGUCUCUCUCUCUCUCUCUCUCUCUCUCUCUCUCUCUCUCUCUCUCUCUCUCUCUCUCUGUGUCUCUCUCUCUCUCGCUUCUAUCUUUCUUUUUUUUUUUGUUCAACUCGGGCAGAGAGAAUCACCAGCCCUGCAUUUGCUCUCUGGUUCAUUGGACGAGGCUCACUCACUCACUCACUCACUCUUUGCCAGCAGACCACAUCCUUCUGCAGACGAUAACAUAUCUAUUUAAAACAAAUUAUAAUAAAAAAAAAAAAAAGCCUGCUGGAGAGCCCUAUAUACUCGGAUGAAGGAUUUUAUGGAUUAAUGCUCUUUGGAAGACGCGAGCGGCGAGCGUCGCUUUUUUUCCCCCUUCCCUCCUCCUCCUCCUCCUCCUCCUCCUCCUCACCGGAUAAUUGUGAUAGCGUUCAGGCUUUAAUUAGGCCCCCAGCUUGGUCUUCAUUUCCACCACACAGAUAAUCCGCAUUAAUAAAAAAAAAAAAACAACAACCAACCAAGCAGGUUUGACAUUGUUUUACGCCUGAAAAUCGGAACUUGCUUUACGCAGCGCAAUAGGCUGCAGAUCACUGCGGGGAUCACUGCAACACAUCCCGGCUACAUGCUGCUGCUUUGUGGCGGAGGUGUAUAAGCUGCUAGAUUCAUUUAAUAUCUAUAUAUCUAUAUAUAUAUAGGCUAGUCUUAACCGUCUGGAUAUGAUGGUUAUUUAUCCACCGAGGAAAAGCUGACUGUCCCGGGAACCUCCGCUGCUUUCCGGGGAUCAGGUCUGCAGGAGAAGGCAUCAGACUCUGGCGUAUGCUACAGACUUCCUCUGCUCAUCCAGCUCCCGGUUCUUCCACCGUCUUUUCUCAGGCUGCUUGUCAUUGCCUGGACUCGGAUCCCGGAAUCUUCAUGAUUUGCGGACACCAUGCUCGUUUUUUAGCCGGGGAACCCUCUUUUCGUCCCGCAUGUUUAGGACCAAACGAUCGGGGCUCGUCCGGCGACUCUGGAGGAGCCGUGCGCCCGUGGAGGGCGACGGGGAGACGGAUAGAGGGACGCAUGGCUCCGGGGGCUGCUGCAUGGGCAAAACGACAAAGGUGGCCAAGUCCAACGCCGGGUCGGAGGCUGAACUGAAGGCUUUGACCCACUCCAUACUGAAAAAGAUCAAAGAGAAACAAUUAGAGGUGCUUUUGCAGGCGGUCGAGUCCAAGGGGGGUGUCCGAAGCCCUUGCUUGCUCCUGCCCAGCAAAGUGGACGCCAAAGUGGGUCAACAGUCUUACUCUCUCCCCAUGCUGCUCUACAAAGUGUUCAGGUGGCCGGACCUCAGGCAUUCCUCGGAGCUGAAGAGGCUGUCUUGCUGUGAAUCCUACGGGAAAAUCAACCCAGAGCUCGUUUGCUGCAACCCGCACCACAUGAGCAGACUUUGUGAACUCGAAUCUCCUCCUCCUCCAUAUUCGCGCUAUCCCAUGGACUAUCUUAAACCACCAGAUUCUCCAGACUCUGGACCGUCAUCCAGUGAAACUGGGGGAACGACAUACUCGGCCCCUGUGGGGCUUUCAGAUUCCCUGGCGUUGCAGGAGUCUGGCGAUCGGGCCCAUUGGUGCGUGGUGGCAUACUGGGAGGAGAAGACACGUGUCGGGCGCCUCUACUCAGUCCAGGAGCCCUCUCUGGACAUCUUCUAUGAUCUACCUCAGGGGAACGGCUUCUGUCUGGGCCAGCUCUGCUCCGACAACAAGUCCCAGCUGGUGCAGAUGGUGCGGGCCAAGAUUGGCUAUGGCAUCCAGCUGACGCGUGAGCCGGACGGGGUGUGGGUCUACAACCGCAGCUGCUACCCCAUCUUCAUUAAGUCGGCCACACUGGACAACCCGGACUCGCGCACGCUGCUGGUGCACAAGGUGUUCCCCGGUUUCUCCAUAAAAGCUUUUGACUAUGACAAAGCCGGCAGCCUGCAGAGGCCGAACGACCACGAGUUCACGCAGCAGCCUCGCACGGGCUUCACGGUGCAGAUAAGCUUUGUGAAAGGCUGGGGACAGUGCUACACCAGACAGUUCAUCAGUAGCUGCCCAUGUUGGCUGGAAGUCAUCUUCAACACCCGAUAGCAGCAGCUUUCCUCUUCUUCACCCUCCUCGCCUCUUCUGCCCCUCCACAAACGGACUACACCCACUUUUCCUUUUUUUGUUUCAGAGAGGUUCAAAAAGAGAGAAAAAAGUUUUAAAAGAAGAAGAAGAAGAAGAAGAAAGUAUAAAAUUCUGACGGACUUUGUUUAAUAAAUGACUAAGAUUUAAUUAAAUAAAAUAAGAAGCGAAAAUGUAUUUUAUGUUAUAUAUAAAUAUAUUAUUAAUUGUAAAUAUGAAGACGUUUUAUAUGCAUCAUUAUUUAUGUAUUGUGCAAUGUGUUGAUGAGAAAAAGAAAAUAAGAUGCACUUUGCUUAAUAUAAAUGCAAAACAAAGAAA